AUGACUGUCUCCAGCCUGUGCUAUCCAGAAUGUGGGGUGGCCCGACCAAGUCCAGUUACUGGCACCUGCAACGAGCCGUGCGUUAGGCAGUGCCCUGACUCCGAAGUGCUGAUCCGACCCUCACCUGUUGUCGUGACCCUCCCUGGACCAAUUCUCAGCACUUUCCCUCAGUACAGUGGAGUCGGAGCUGUAGGAGCACCUCUGGUUGGAGCUGGUUUGGGGGGCUCAUUGGGUAAUGGGGGAUUGUAUGGCAAUGGAGGCCUUUAUGGAGGAUCAUAUGGUUUAGGUGGAUAUGGUGGUUACGGAGGAUUGUACGGUUUAGGCGGAUAUGGUGGUUACGGAGGAUUGUACGGUUUAGGCGGAUAUGGUGGUUACGGAGGAUUGUACGGUUUAGGUGGAUAUGGUGGUUACGGCAGCCGUUCUGGUUAUGGGGGAUUAUGUGGUUAUGGGGGACUAGGUGGUUACCUGGGUGGUUAUGGUUAUGGGGGAUUAUGGGGUUCCGGGGUAUCUUGCCAUAGGUACCUCCGUGGAAACUUUGGGCCAUGCUAA